CGCCGGCUAAACCAACAUGGCGCUUGUUUGUGCGAUCAGUAAUGAAGUUCCUGAACAUCCCUGUAUCUCGGCUGUGUCGGGAUGCGUGUUCGAGCGGAGGCUGAUUGAAAAAUACAUCCGUGAAAAUGGAACAGAUCCGAUCAAUGGGGAGAGGUUAUCAGAGGAUAUGCUCAUUGAUGUUAAAACUCCACCAGCAAUAAAGCCACGUCCGCCAUCUGCUACCAGCAUUCCAGCCAUCCUCAAGUCACUUCAAGAUGAAUGGGAUGCCAGUAUGCUACAGAGCUUCACCCUCAGGCAGCAGCUUCAGACUGCCAGACAAGAGUUAUCCCACGCUCUGUACCAGCACGAUGCUGCGUGUCGUGUCAUUGCCAGAUUGAACAAGGAAGUAACAGCUGCUCGUGAAGCCUUGGCUACACUGAAACCUCAAGCUGGUAUUGCUCCAAAUGUACAGCCGGCAUAUGGAGCAGAGGCACCAGAGAGGCUGGAACAAGUUAUUGAAGAAGCUGGAAUGUCUGACGAAGUCUUACAGAAGUUGCAAGACAAGGCGACACGGUUGACAGCCGAACGUAAGAAGAGAGGCAAAACAGUCCCAGAUGGAUUGGUCACGGUCGAAGACAUCAAAUCGUACAGACAACAGUCAUCUCGUGUGGGUCUUCACAGUGCAAGCAUACCAGGUAUCCUUUGCCUGGACUUGUGUCUGAGAGACACGGCCAGGUUGGUGACCGGUGGAAACGAUAAGACGGCUGUGGUCUUCAACAAAGAAACUGAACAAGUGAUUGCCAUCUUGAAGGGCCACGGGAAGAAGGUUACAAAUGUUAUUUAUCAUCCAACAGAGGAUCUUGUUUUCUCAUCCUCCCCUGAUACAACGAUUCGAGUGUGGGGUGUGCAGACAGCCCAGUGUGCCCAGAUCAUCAGAGCUCAUGAGGGUCCCGUCACUGGCAUCAGUUUACAUGCAACAGGAGACUAUCUCUUGAGUUCUUCAGCUGACAGGCACUGGGCAUUCUCAGAUAUAAGGGUUGGUCGAGUAUUAACGAAGGUUUCAGAUGGAACUUCCCAACACGCUCUGACCUGUGCACAGUUCCAUCCUGACGGUCUGAUCUUCGGUACUGGAACCGAGGAUUCCAUGAUCAAGAUCUGGGAUUUGAAAGAGAAGACGAACGUGGCAGAUUUCCCUGGCCAUUCUGGACCCAUUACCAGCAUCGCAUUUUCUGAAAACGGUUACUAUUUGGCUACAUCUGCGGAUGACUCGGUGGUGAAACUUUGGGAUUUGAGAAAGUUGAAGAAUUUCAAGACCCUGACUCUCGAUGAUGGAUAUGAAGUGAAGAGUUUGAGCUUCGAUCAGAGUGGUACUUACUUAGCAGUUGGUGGAACUGAUGUUAGGGUGUACCUUUGUAAACAAUGGCAAGAGCUCCGCGUAUUCAACGAUCAUACCGCUUUAGCCACUGGUGUACGUUUUGGUCACAAUGGGACAUUCAUUGCAUCUGCAAGUAUGGAUCGAUCUGUUAAGUUCUUCGGCCCACCAUAAACUUCUGGAAGAUGUUUCGGGAUCGUACAAAUAUUUUGCAUAACACGGUUUUCUGAAUAUUCCAUUCAAGUCCAACCCAUGGGAAAUUAUGUAUUUUCAAGUCAUAUGAAAUAUAUUUGAUGGUGUGCAGCGGGCAAUAUUGAUGUUGCUUGUAAGAAGUUGAUCAUGUCAAGCGAUAACCCUCACGGAUCAUUCUGUGGGAUUCUGUACAUGGAUAAGUGAUUCUGACUUGUGUAAACUACCUAUGGUGUACAAGUACAUGUAUCUUCUGUGAAUAGAUUAUGAAAUGCUAUGUCUUGUUUAUUUCCUAUGUAAAUAGGCACUGUUGUAAUUUUAGGAUAUUUGAGUCUGUGCAACAGAAGUUAAGAGUCCUUCAAUAUCAAAUCUGACCUAAUUAAGUUGAGUGUUUCAAUGAGGAGAUAGUGAGUCACAAAUGACAAUGCUUUGUUGUAUUUUCACAUUCACUCCUUUGAAGACAAUUACAUUUACCACACAAAAGCAGUACAUUUGCAAAUUAACCGAGGAGGCCUGGUCCUUGAGUAUAUAUCAAUGAGGGGAGGUGUCGGGAGUUAAAAAGAAAUAUCAAUGUGCUGUGCAAUCCCUUCUUCACACAACAAGUCCAUCUUAUUUUAAAAGUCAUCAAAAGUUCCCUUGAUACGACGUGCUUCAAUCGCUUCAGUCGCUUUAAUUUUCUUUUUAACGGAAAAUGUUCUGUAUAAUGAGCACCAAUGUAUUGUAACCAGUUGUGCAUUUCAGAAUAAACAUACAUUCUUACAA